AUGAGGAAGCUUGUUGAAGAGAGACAACGGACUAGGUAUAAAGCUCUUUAUGAUGCGCUAUGGGUGGAUCGUAUAAAUCCAAAAAGAGCAAUCGGUAUGUCACCUUUUCAACUUCUGUAUGCAUUGAAUUAUGAGAUUCCAAUCACUGUGGAACUUCCAACAUUAAAGCUCGCCAAGGCCAUUGAAGAUGUAACCUAUCAAGAUUCACCUGAUAAGCGGAUUAUGUUUCUUUCUCAGUUGGAAGAAACAAGAGCAGAAGUUGUUGAUAGGAUUGCUGCAUACCAAAGCCAAGUGAAGGUGUUAUUUGAUAAGGAAACAACUUCUCGUGAGUUCUCUGUUGGUCGGAUUUUGAAGUCUGACCUGCAAGGUUCCUUCUUUUCAAAGGUAAUUGCACAUCAAACUUUAAAGUCUGAUGUGCAAAGGUUUGGUUUUAUCCUUCCAGAUUGGACUUUAAAGUCUGACCUGUAG